AUGCGAGCUUCAUCACGUCUGCUUGCCCCAGGCUUCACAAGACGAAGCCUGGACGAAUUGAAGAGAUUUACCAAGAUCGCCUUGACUCAAGAAGGCAUCCGUGUCCCAACCACCCCAUUUUCUCUCCUGGAUUUUUCAGAUCCCGACACUGUUCCGGCCUGCAAAACCAUGUCAGAUGCCGACAUAGGGGGUUUCUCUAAUGCUUCCCUUGACCAAAUUCCAAGAACCUCCUCGCAACCAGCGCAUGCUCGUUUCCACGGUUCCAUAUCUACAGACCUUCCGCGGAAUAGACCGCAAGUACAGCGUACAGGCUAUGCUGGUUGGCGCAACAGAGACCGCCCGCCUACACUAUUUGGUAAAAGCCUUUGGGACGUUGACCCAUAUACAUACCUCGCACUGCGAGUCAAGUCCGAUGGAAGGAAAUACUUUGUGAACGUGCAAACGGAAUCUAUAGUACACACCGAUUUACAUCAGCACCGAUUGCAUGCUCGAAAGCCGGGCGAAUGGGAGACGGUGUUCAUUGAAAUCAACGCCUUUGUCAGGACAAAUCACGGAGAGGUGGUGGAGCCGCAGACUGAGAUGAUGAGGCAGAAGGUUCGGACUCUGGGCGUGAGUCUUACGGACCGUGUUCCUGGACCUUUUGAUCUGGCUAUCAGCAGGGUAUGGGCCUCAAACGCUAACGAGAAGGACGACGAAUCGGUGGAUACAGGAGGGCUGGAGGAAGCAGUAUAG